AUGGACCAGGCACUUAACUUGAAUAGCUCGCUUGACUGGGAUCACCUUUUCUCUUUCGCAACACUUGUGUUCGGCAUUCCUUACAAUAAGGACCCUACAUCAUCUGUCUCAUCUAUUAUAAAAAAUAACAUUUCUUUAUUCAAUUCGUCUAAAAUAAAUGCAAACGCAUUUUCUAAUCUCUCUAAUCCUAAUAUAUUUCAUCCUUCAUCUACAGUCGACGAUUCUAAGAGACUCCGUGACCCCGUCAAUGCUAAAUUGAUCGAGGGUGAUGUCUCAGCUGCAGUUAGAGUAUUGACCUCCUCCGAUACUAUACUAGCUACUAAACCAGAAGUUCUCACAGCUCUCCGUCGGAAACAUCCUGCGCCACCAUCAGAUGUCAGAUUUGUUCAGAUGGAAAACAAUGAUUCAAAUAUUGAAAUCUCAAAGAGAGUGAUGGUGGCCGCUCUGAAGUCUUUCUCGGGAAGCAGCAGUGGAAGUGUGAACGGCCUACGACCUGGUCACAUCAAUGACUACCCACACUGCCGAAGCCGUUAUCCAAGUAUUUUGAUCGCCUCCGAUAAUAUUAUCUCUUCUGUUACUGGAAUCCAGCAAAGUGAUCCACAUGGUCCGCUACUAUUUGCAAUGGCUGUUGACGGGGUAGCUCGUUCCAUCACCUCUCCUUUCGAUAUAUGGUAUAUUGAUGAUGCAACUUUGGGAGGAUCCAUCGAGGCCGUAGCUGCUGAACUCUGA